AUGAUAUUACUCGAGUCUCAUAACUACAUUAUCCAGACGACACUGGCGGAGAAGUGCAUCAAACCCAGCAGUUUAGAUGUCCAGUUCGUCGAUUUUGACGGGGUCCGCUUCCACCUCUCUACACCGGAGCGCAAGACUGUCCUCUUGCUAUCCAUGAAUAUCCGCUGCUGGAACGAACUUGUCAAGUAUGGUGUCGAAAGCAUCCUUAAUCGCGAGUAUGGAGGACUGGUGAAGGCCCAGCCUGAGCCUGAAUAUAAUGUCAGCCUGGAGAUCGACUUGGAAAAAGUACCUCCUGAGGGGGAGGAGCGGGAUACCUAUAUCAAGUCGCUUGCACUGCUGAAACGCAAUGCAUUAGCUGCGCCAUUCGAGGUUGCCUUCGCGGCGCAGAAACAGUUAGACGCUGCGGGCGGCGGACAAGGAGAACUUAUGGCUCUCCACUACCGCGAUGAAGAAGUGAUUUACGUACAAGCCUCGCCUGAUCGCGUGACCGUCAUAUUCUCUACGAUGUUCAGGGAAGAGACCGAUCGAAUCUUUGGCAAGGUGUUCCUACAGGAAUUCGUAGAUGCAAGACGAUUGCCCACAAUUCAAAGCGCGCCACAGGUAUUAUAUACUACGCGCGACCCGCCACUCGAAAUCAGACAUUUACCUGGCCUCACUGUCUCAGAGGAUGUUGGCUACGUUACUUUCGUCCUCUUUCCCCGCCAUUUUGCCAAUCCAUCUGUCGCAUCUGCCAGUAUUAGCCACAUACAGCUCUUCCGAGACUACUUGCACUACCACAUCAAAUGUAGCAAGGCCUACAUGCACUCGCGUAUGCGCCAUCGUGUCAGCGAGUUCCAGAAAGUGCUGAACAGAGCCAAGACAGAGGUAGCUGUUGUGGACAGAAAGACCGCAAGGUGA